AUGAAUAGCACCGAUCCAUCUCCGGAGUCAAGAUUUCGCCCCCGGCGAUCUCCUGCGCCGAUCCCUGAGGAACAGAAGCCAUGGCAGUAUCAAAUUCUCGAUCCAGGUGGCCAGGUUAUAGCUCUAUGGAAUCAUAUAUUACUUGUGACUUGUCUGAUCGCGCUCUUCCUCGAUCCUCUGUACUUCUAUCUUCCUUCAGUUGGAGGUCCGGGUUGCAUGACAUUGGACUUGCAUCUGGGUAUCGUUGUUACGUUCUUCCGGUCCGUGACCGAUCUUUUCUACUUGAUGCAUAUGGUCAUAAAGUUUCGGACAGCAUUCGUUGCGCCUAAUUCUAGGGUUUUUGGGAGGGGCGAGCUUGUCAUGGACGAGCGACAGAUCGCAAUGCGGUACUUGAAAUCUGAUUUCGUGAUUGAUCUCGCGGCAACGCUACCACUUCCGCAAAUUGUCAUAUGGUUUGUAAUGCCGGCGGUGCGAAGUUCCACUGCUGAUCACACAAACAACACACUUUCUCUGAUUGUUCUCAUUCAGUAUGUUCCUAGGUUGUUUCUUAUGUUUCCCAUAAAUCGUCGGAUCGUUAAAACUACUGGAGUUAUUGCCAAGACUGCUUGGGCAGGAGCUGCAUACAAUCUCCUUCUAUAUAUGCUCGCCAGUCAUGUUCUAGGAGCUUGCUGGUAUCUGUUGGCUGUUGAGCGUCAGCACCACUGCUGGAUAACAGAGUGUAUGAAGGAGACUAAUGUACUUUUUCCAGCUUGCAGUCGUCUUUUUCUGGAUUGUAGUAGUUUGGAAACAGCUGAACGGAAAGCAUGGCUCAAUUUCACUAGUGUGCUUACUCAUUGUGAUCCCAACAAUAAUGAUUUCAGAUUUCCGUACGGAAUGUUUGCAGAUGCUUUUACUAAUGAAGUAGCUUCAGCAAAGUUUUUGGACAAGUACUUAUAUUGCCUUUGGUGGGGUUUAAAACAUUUGAGUUCAUAUGGACAGAACUUGACAACUACCACUGCAGUUGGUGAUACAUCAUUUUGCAUUCUUAUAAGCAUCGUGGGUCUAGUUCUAUUCUCCCAUCUGAUCGGGAACAUGCAGACCUAUCUUGCAUCUAUGACGGUGAGGAUUGAAGAGUGGAGAGUUAAGCGAAGGGAUACCGAAGAAUGGAUGAGGCAUCGGCAGCUACCAUUAGAACUGCAAGAACGUGUUCGCCGGUUUGAUCAGUAUAAGUGGCUAGCCACAAGAGGAGUAGAUGAAGAGUCCAUUUUGCAUUCCUUACCUCUGGACCUUCGUCGUGAAAUCCAGAGGCAUUUGUGUCUUGCUCUUGUUCGUCGUGUUCCUUUCUUCUCACAAAUGGACGGCCAGCUUUUGGAUGCCAUUUGUGAGCGCCUCGUCUCAUCCUUAAGUACUCAGGAUACCUAUAUUGUCUGCGAGGGUGAUCCGGUGAAUGAAAUGCUCUUUGUUAUCAGAGGAACACUAGAGAGCUCCACGACCAAUGGGGGAAGAUCAGGAUUUUUCAAUUCUAUCACCCUCAGACCUGGUGACUUCUGUGGUGAAGAGUUGCUUACAUGGGCUCUAAUGCCCAACUCAAGCCUGAACUUACCAUGCUCAACGCGUACAGUCCGAGCCCUUAGUGAAGUUGAGGCAUUUACACUUCGAGCCGAAGACCUCAAGUUUGUAGCAAGUCAGUUCAAACGUCUUCACAGCAAGAAGCUUCAGCAUGCUUUCAGGUACUACUCCCACCAAUGGAGGACUUGGGGAGCUUGUUAUAUACAAGCUGCAUGGAGACGGUUCAAGAAGAGAAAGUUGGCAAAGGAGCUGGUGAUGCAUGAGAGCUUCUACUACAUGCCAUUUUCAGACCAAGAUGGUAACUACAAUGAUGAAGCCCCAGAAGAGGAUGGUGGGGCAGAGAGCUCAUCAGUGGACAAUUCAAAUAAUGUUCAGCAUCUUGGGGCCACAAUACUGGCUUCCCGGUUUGCUAAAAAUACAAGAAAAGGGGCUAAUCAUAAGGUCAAGAUGGAUCCUUCUGCUGCCAGCUUAAAGAUGCCAAAGCUUUUCAAGCCAGAUGAACCUGACUUCUCUGCAGAUUGAGAGGAUGGUUAA